CUGCAACAUAUCGCCAAUUGACACAUAUGCAUUGGGUUGUUUUUCAAUUCCCAGCCAAGAUCAAUAAAUUCGACGCUGCCUGCCGCUCAUGCGUUUUGUCUAAAGAGGGGCCCGAGGGGCCCUCAAGUCGAGAAUGCUCCGAUCUAACGCUCAACGGGUGUGACCCAGAACUUAGUUCAGAAGACCCGUUCCAACUUCAUCGUGUAGCAAAACGAGGACUCUGGUGAAUCGUACCGUUUUUUCUCAAAUCUGUCCUUUCCCGCCACAUGGAAAUACUCAUUGAUAGGACCGCACCACGACGAAAGAUAUAUCACCGCGCCUGUCCAUCAUGUCGAUCCUCUUACCACCUCAAGCAUCCACAACAGACGAUCAUCUGCAAAAUCAGCCACCAUGAUCGCUACGACUUCAUUCGCCUUGCUGGCCUUGUCAUCGCUCCCUACAGCAUUAUGUGCGCCAACAUUCCUUGGCCCCUUGGAUCAUGACUUUGUCUCGACCCUCGUCCCUGUCGUGGCAGCCUCGGCGCCCGCCUUCAGCGACAUGCUCGCCUUCACCCAUAGGAUCGGAGAGGGCUUGUAUAAUCGCGACGUCGACCCAGCAGAAGCAUGGGUUAACGAUCCCGAGUUUGCAAAUUUAGCUAUGAACGCAUCCAUGCCAGCAACGUACGACCUCGUCUACCAAAACCUACACGCCGCAACCCAAAGCCCAUCGAGCUAUCUCACCGUCCUCACCCUCACCGCUUACGACCCAUCUCAAUGUGCAGCAGCCUGCACCUCCAACAAAGAUUGCACCUCCUUCAACCUCUACAUGGAGCGUACACCAAGUUCCCCGCCCAGCGAAUCCUCCCGCUCUCCACCGGCAGUAACAAAGAUCUUCUGCGCCCUCUACACCGGCAUUUUAGACGCCAGCACUGCUAUCAACGAAGGUCAAUUCCAGCUAGAUUUUCACGUCGUCAUUGCGGGAUCCAACGGCUACGUUAGCUCCACUGCACAUAUCAUUCCCACGGGCUUCCAACGUCCAGAGCCCUUCGGCGCCGCCGCCAUUGUCGCGCCAGAGCUCUGCGCGGACUCGUACCUCGGACUACGGACCUUCACGGCCAGUGGCGGCGGAGAGAACAACGUCACGGCCGUGCGACGCUGCGCAGCGGCAUGUGCGGCGCAGAACAGCAAUAACGACAACGGGACGACGCAGGAGGCAUCUCCAGCUAUCCCUCCAACGAUCCGAGCGGCGGCGGUGGAGCCUAGGUCACCAUCCCUGUGUACGUUCUUCAACACAUACAUGCUUUACAAUAAUUCCGCAUCGAUGGGAAUGUGGCAGUGCGCCAUGUACACGGACGCAUGGACUGGAACACAUGCGACGAACCGGGGGCAAUUCCGUGGAAGUGAUCAGAUUUCCAUUGGGGAGAGUUGGGGAUAUCGGAAGGUCGACGCGGUGGAGAGGAGUGGGGAGCAAUGUCCUCCGUCGGCGGCGAGGUGAUGAUGAGAAGGGCCGGUGGCGUUUCAGAUUGACGAAUACUUUUGUAUGUGUUUGUUGGUCAAGUCAAAUUCGGGGAAGACACUCCGAUGAUAUAUCCUCGCUAUGAUGAAUAAUAGAAUCCUUG